AUGCCCGCGCGCGUGGUCUGUCUCCCGACGACGCGGGCAGCAAGCGGAGCGUCGCACGACGAGUUCGGCGCGACGUGGCAGGUCCUACUCGAUACUCUCGCUCAGUCGGGCCAUUCUGGCUUUAAAGCGCUUCUGCAGCUUUCUGCUGUCAGCAGCGCCAUCAGCGGCGUGCUCGACGGCGCGCCGUUCACGGUUUUCGCGCCGUCCGACGAGUCGCUGGUCAGGCUGCCCGCCGCGCUUGCCGCCACCUUACGGAACCCGUCCCACGUCGCGACCCUCCGCCAAGUCAUGAUGUACCAUUUCGUUCGCCACAAGAUCUCGCGCUUCGCGUGGGAGGGGCCCUGGCGAACCGUGCAAGGCGAGAGCCUCGUCCUACACCUGGAUAGUAACGCGAGCUUCACUGUAUCGGAUGUGCCUGUAUUGGAAUACGCCGCCGCAGUCUCGACGAGCUUCGUAGUGCACGCGACGGACGGGCUUCUGUUCCCCCCCAGCACCCGCGCGCACGUCAGUCGCGCCCAGGGCCCCGCGCGGGAGACAGCUCGGCUGGCGGAGGCACGCGCGGCAGCGCAAAGUGAGGUCCCCUCGACGGGAGGAGGGGGAAGCGGAGCAAGCGGCGAGGAGGACUACACGGAGGAGUACGCGGAGGACUACGAGGAGGAUGUGUGGCGGCGGGAGGCGCUCCAGCAGUACAACUCGCUGUACCUCUACGCUCCUGCUCCUGCGCCCGCCACAUCAUCCUCGUCUCUUUCAGCGGGAGCGAUCGCGGGGAUUGUGGUGGGGUGUGUGGCGGGAGUUGCCUUGGUGGCUGCGCUCCUCUAUUACCUGCUCGCUUCCCGCCACAACAAGCACAGUCCCUUCAGGUCACUGGAAGACCCAAAAGAAGUUCCAUCCAAGGCAGAACCAGCACCGGCUGAAGAUGCUGCCACCGCUGGUGCUGGUGCUGGUGCUGGUGCUGGUGCUGGUGCUGGUGCUGGUGCUGCUGCUGGUGCUGCUGCUGGUGCUGGUGCUGCUGCUGCUGCUGCUGCUGCUGCUGGUGCUGGUGCUGGUGCUGCUGCUGGUGCUGCUGCUGGUGCUGCUGCUGGUGCUGCUGCUGGUGCUGCUGCUGGUGCUGGUGCUGGUGCUGGUGCUGGUGCUGGUGCUGGUGCUGGUGCUGGUGCUGCUGGUGCUGCUGGUGCUGCUGGUGCUGGUGCUGGUGUUGGUGCAGCAGGGCCGUCGAACCAGUCUGUGGAGGUGAUGGCGUCCAAGAGCCACAGCAACCUGGUGCAGCUGCUGGGCCACUGUGUGGAGCACGUGCAGGCCACCAGGUGGACGGAGCAGAUCCUCAUCUACCGCCUCAUGCCCAACGGCAGCCUCGAGCGCUGGCUCCGCAAGGACCCCGCCACAACGCUCACCCUGGCGCAGCGCUUGGAUGUGCUGAUCGGCGCGGCGCGUGGGGUGGAAUACCUGCACAGCUUCGGCAUCAUGCACCGCGACAUCAAGCCCGCCAACAUCCUGCUGGACGAGCACAUGCACGCCAAGGUGGCGGACUUUGGGCUCGUGCGCGUCAGCGAGGGCACCGCCGUGCACUCCACGCGCAUUCAGGGCACGCCGGGCCGCGUGGACCCGGCUUACACUCGCACCAACAAGGUCACCACUGCGUCGGACGUGUACAGCUUUGGGAUUGUGAUUCUGGAGGUCAUCGCUGGGAGGCUAUUGCCGUCCGACACAGUCCUGAACGACAGUAACAUCAUAAACUGGGUGAGGGACACCUUGCAUGACUCCCAUCUGUGGUCGCUGCAGGACCACCGUGGUGGCUUUCAUGCUUCGCUGCAUCCAUCUCAUUCCUGCCCGCCCAACUUUGUCUUGUCCUCAACCUCCCUGCCGUCCAUCUUCCUCCCUCCGCCACGCCAGGCCAAGAAGGCGCUGGAGACCAAUGAUCUGUCGUGCCUCAGGGAUGCCAACCUGCACCCGCCCGUGCCCGACGACAUCCUGCUGCGCGUUGUGCGCCUGGCCGUUCACUGCACGCUUGAGGAAACUGCUAGCCGCCCCAACAUGUGGCAAGUGUGCAGCGAGCUCAUAGGCAUCCGUGAGGAAUGCUUUGGCGCGGGCGUGAACAAAGCUGCGCACAGGGUGGAUGACGAGGUGCGCUGGCAGCAGGCUCAGGUGGCUGUUCCACUGGACGAACAGCUGGACCUUGUCCGGCAGAUGGGUUGA